AUGGCCGCUUUCUCGGCCAUCAAUGUCGAGCCCGAGGACAACGUCGACGAGGAGUAUGACACCACCAAAGAAGUCCAGGUCGAAGAGGCCCUAAAACUCUUCCAAACCGCCCUCAAACUCCAUGCCCAAGGGCCACAGUUCUUCGACCAAGCUUCCAGAGCCUACGCCGCUCUUUUCCAGUCUGAAAUCUUCAAGUACCCUGAAAGCAAGACCGAUUAUGAGCGUGCUGAGGCUGGGCAAGAUGUAGCUGCCGCAGCGUUUAUUCCUGGCGUUGAAAUCCUCGGUGCCGACAUCGAUGGUGCCAGCACUCUUCCACAGACGUUCUACCUGUCAUACAAGAACCAUGGACAGUUCAUUCUCGACCGCAUAAAACAUAGAACUCGGACAGAGAAUAUUGGGAAGGAAGAGUUGCUAAACGAUGCCGAUGUGCGGAAAGAUGCUUACCAAGCGCUCUACAACUUUUGUGUUGCCCUCGACCGCGAUCCCUCGGAUGCUGACCUGUGGAGAAAAGCUGCCCGACUGGCAGCAUUCCUCAGAAGCCCAAGGAUUACUCGGUAUAGCUUGGAGGCUGCCAUUGAGAUGGACGAUGACCCGGCUGUAGACGAAGUUAACCCUCCGUCACUGGCUGAGGGCUUCGCCGGCGAGCAGCUCAAGCAGCAAUUGCAGGUUUUGGACGAUAAGAUCGCCCUAACACAUCCCAUCAUGAAACCCUUCCUGGAAAAAGACAUUCCCCCUUACUUGGCUGAAUACUUAGAUCCGAUGCCUUUCCUGCCGGAUCCCUCGAAGCAGUUGGCAGUCCCCGGGCAACAGUCACCAAGUGUCGAGAAUGCUCGUCUUACCAUCGGACUUUCAAACAUCUCAUGGACUGAACUGGGCACGGCUCUGGUGAAUCUGGCAAAAGAAGAGGGUCUCUCAAGCAAGGGCAUCUCCAUCCAGCUUCCUGCAACCAGCAGCGAUGAGGACGUGCAGAUGGAAGUGGACGCACAAUUACAACUACCUAAAUCCCAACCACCUCCAGCACAACUGGACGUUGGCCAGGUCGAUGGCGAUAAUACGGAGCAUCCUGCAGAAGUUGGUGUCAAAGUGGAAGAGCCCGAACCUGCCGAGCUCGAGCCUGCAUCAGCAAACGAUGAGUCCUCGAAAGAUCAAGGAAGCUCACGAAAACGGUCACAAUCUGCAGCUGGGAUUCCAGAUACCCAAGAAGAUGAGGCUGCUGAUCUGAAGAGAAGCAAAAGGACGAGGCGUCGAGAUACGACCGCUGAUGAGGCCAUGGACUCUGCCACGUUCUUUGCGACACAGCUCCAGCCCCUGCAAGCUGCCGACCAAAACCUCUUUCAAGCUACUAAGAACCUCCUCGAGAAUCUCGGUGUGACAGAUCGGGUGACGUUGGAUCGAAUCGCGGAAGUCUUGGAUUCUUGCGCAUCGGAUGACCGCACAUCUAAGUUUCAGAAUCCAGCCACAGUUGAUCUCCGCAAUGCCCUUAUGAACUUCGAUGAGGAUGUAGCGGCCAUCCUCCUCAACCAGAGAGAACUUCCACAGCUCAAUUUAUCAACAUUCCUUGAGCAUGCAAAAUCUGGAUCGCAGCGAGCCCUUGAGGCCCCGGCAUUUGAUGAUGCUCGGGGUUUAAGGGGAUUUGUGGAACGCCUAGGCGAUGCAUGGAACACCAUUCAUGAUGUUGCCUAUGGCUAUGUAAAGGCUUUAGCUGACUUCUAUACUGACUUUAAGUGGUCAGAGCCGCUGAGGGCAACCGUGAUACAAUUGAUCAACUCUCUGGACAGCAGCAUCUAUGAUGGCAUUGUCCAUGAUUUGGAGGCGUGCCAAAGUAUUACCAAGGACUCCUCGUUCUCCAAACUGGCAAGUCUUGCUCAGAUGCUGCUUGAGCUACAUCUUGAUGUGCUUGAUCGUGUCAAUGAAUCCAACGGCUCUGCAGAGGAGAUUACGAAAGUGGAAGCUAAGGGCCGCCUGCGCCGUUGGAUGGAGUUGGUAACAAAGGUUCUCAGAAUGCGAGAUCUGGAGCAAGCGGGCACCUUGCCCCUUCGGUACCUCUGGGCAGCAGUGACCUCGACGACUUUGGCGAAGGAAGCACCGCGAGAGCAUAUCCUCAACUGCUGGUAUAGCUUACGCGACUACCUUACUGGCUCCGUGAGUGCUGAGAUUAGUUUGCCAAAUAAUUCGGUGAUGCCUGAGAUUUCGCUGAGUGCCGCUGAUCGUGAGAUAUCCAAGCUGACAACCAUGGACUUCUUCCUGGGCAUCUUCCAAGAAGAGAUGAGCGAUCCAGUGUCCGUGAUUGAAAACCUGGAGCCGGUCCUCAGCCCAGAGAGCGUUCAAAUUUGUGUUCCGGUCUCGGAAACAGAUAGUCUGGAGAACAGCAACGACACUUCAAAGUCAAAGGUCAAGAAGCUUCCGAUUACAGAGUGUGCCAGUCAGGAGCUGCUAGACCUGUGGAAGUUCCUCAAUAGCAGCAGCACCGAACUGCGGUUGUUGCUCUGGUCAAGACUUGCUGAGGCAUAUGGAAGGAUCAAGUACACCACAAAGCAGUUUUCUUGCUUCCUUCGGAGUAUUGAAGUCAUUGUCGCAGACUUCGAAGGAGAGGAAUAUGCCAGCACUCCUCCCGAAGCGAGGAAGACGCUCUUCAUGGGCAUGCUCAAGGCUCUGGAUGAUCUCAUCAUCCAAUCGCUGCACCUUGCCCUUAACGACAACAGUUCGUUUGAUAUCAUCGAUGAAGAUCACCUUCGAUCCAGCAUGUCUGCGAUCGCCAAGGUCAGCUGCAUGUUGCACGUCGCCGCCAUGUAUGAGGACGAAGGCCGGAUUGGCAUACUUCCCUCUCCUGCCAAUGGCUCACCACAGAAAUCGUUCCUCAACAAGCUUCAGGAGAUGCAGGUGCGGACUUGGUCACUUCAAUACACGAUGCUGAAGGUUGGCAUCAACCAGCACCCCGAUAUCUUUCCCAAGCCGGAGAAUGAUCUUGCCGAAUUUUUGGCUGCUGUGCACCAGGUCCUCGGCCUGCGCAAAUGCUGCAAGUCCUCCAACAGGAUCUUCCUCAAGAUGAUGCGUGUUGAACUGCUGAAGCAGAAGAACAUUGAGAACUGGGAAGAUUACCUUGGCCAGGUCCUCUAUGAUCUACACGGUCUCAAGCUUGGUGUGGGUGUCUGGGAUGUCCAAGACCACGGUUGCGAGCCGGAGAACCUCGAGAAACGCCAGGCUCUGCAGCUCGUUGAGAAGGUUGCUAUGCUGGCUAAUAGGAUGUCCAUGAAAGAUCUUCUCAAGUCGGAUCUCAAGACAACCAUUGAGCGGAUGCAGCAGGCGAUCGGUUCGGCCAAGUCAAGCCCGCAGAUGUCUCACAAUCUGCGCAACUACACUGAAUACCUAAAGUCGCCCAUCCAUCCAUUGCACAUGUACCAGGCAUUGACUGGCGGUGUCCAUCUCGAUGCGGUUUCCAUCAAUACUCCUGAGAGUGCCCCAGCCAAACAAGGAUGGUUCUUCUUGCUUGGCAUGAUUGCUCUUACCAAGUUUAAGGGUGUCGACCUGAACCGGCGACAGACACCUGGCGCGACUGAUGAUCUUCGCAUAGCGGCCACAUUUUUGCGGUUGCAGCUUCAGUACACUCCCGACCGUUGGGACGCCUGGUUCCGGCUGGCAGAAUGCUUCGACUAUGAGCUGGAAGAGGCCGUUCUCUGGACGGCAGACAAGAUGAACAAGGAGCGGGCUGAAUUGGUUAAGUUCCAGCGCCAUGCAAUCCAUAGCUACAUCAUGGCCCUGUCGCACUCGUAUGCGUGGGCAUCGAACCCAGCUGCGCUCACAUCCUUGGAAGAUGACGAAGAGGCGCUGUACGAUAUGUACCAUGAAUUCGGCAUGAGACUGUACUCGUCCAGCCGGGAGCCAUUCGCAAUGGAGCCGUUUGAACAUGGCGACCAUAAGCGGUUCUUCAUCGAACCUGAGGGUGCAGGCACCUAUAAGAAGAUCGUACACAACCAGAUGACGGACUACCAGGUCUGGAAGUUUGCAGCUCAUCUCUUCCGCAAGGCCAUGGUCGGCAAGCCAAAGGACUGGAAGAACCCGUACAUGGUUGCCAAAUGCCUGUGGAAGAUGUACCAGAAGCCUACCGAGGAAUUAGACGAGAAGAACCGCCGACACCGCCCUACAGUACAGAUGGUGCUUGAUGCGCUCGAGAAGACCAUCGAAGUAGUGUCGGCACUGCCAAAGCCUCGUCACGGUCAGGAGCCGAUCUUGGAGCCGCACUACAAGAUUGUGUCUGUCAUCUGGAAGCUGGUCAAGCGUGGCGACCUUUCUCCUCAGGAGGCAACGAAAGUCCUGCAGCGGCAGCCAUACUCUCCCGAUCAUGGUAAGGAGGUCAGUGUCGAAACCGCUGAGGACUUCAAAGCCUAUAUCAUCCGUUGUCUCCGCUACCUUCGAGACAAGGAUAAGUCUAAUUGGCAACAUCGUCUCAUCAUCCGCCAUGCUCGCGUCCUAUUCGAUGAGAACACAGACAUGAACAGGCCCGACGCCGUUGAAGCUGCUAAGGCUGCUUUUGGGGUUUUACGUGAGAACAUGUUCACCAAGACCAUGGUGAUGAAUGUCUGGAAGUGCGAUGCCGAACGACCCGGCCGCCACCACGUCUACACGGAACGCUAUAUCCGAUAUGUGGUCAAGCUCCUGGACGUGAUGAACGACCGCACGAACAUGGGGGCAUUGCUGCGUCGCAUUCGCAAGAAAGGCGCAGACUUCUACCACUUCAAUGAACUUUGGCAGUACUGUGUCCAUACCUACGUCAAGCUGCUACGUGAUACAUUCAAUAUCCCCGUCAGCGAAGAGGAUGUGUUUAAGACGCUCACUCCGGAAGAAUUUGAUGUUGUGGGCGAGAAGAUCGCUGACUGGGCGGCGACUCCUGAUGCUGAGAACCAUGACGCGCUUGGUGCCAUGAAGGAAGCAGUCGAACUUAAGAAACUCAACGCCAACCUCAUGAAGGCUGGUCUAAUUGAUGACCUCAUUGCAGAUUGCUACACAGCAGUCUACUCAUACGUCCGGCCUGAACUCCCUCGCCCUGAACGCACCCCCCUUCCCGACACUACUCCAUCUUCCCCGAAGUCCGAGAACGUUCCCCCUCCUCCUGCAGACGCAGUCGACCUCAAGUCUCGACUACUCCACACCCUCGUCACCCGCGACAAGGAGCCAUCUACCUCAUCCAUCCUCGGCUCCCUCCGUGCGGGUUCCAGCGAACUUCAGGACCGCUCCGAAAAGCACUCAGUCGCCGGCGAUGUCCCCCAGCGUGCUCACCGCGUUGGUGUCGGCAUCCGCAGGCCUAACAUCAUCCGCAAAGCAGAACAGGCAGUGCAGGCGGCGCUCCGUGCUGCUGAAGGGGCAGCCGCGCGAGCGGGCACAAACGGCAGUUCUACUGGACCGAGCGGAACGAAGUCCCGUGUUGGGUCGAUCUCGAGCUUGCGAGCUGGACGGACAGCUACACGUGGAGAAGAUGAAGAAGACAGUGAGGGUGAUGAAGAUGGCGAUGUGGAAAUGAAGGAAGCAGAAGGUGAAGGCCCCAUCGCUGGGAGGAGGUCCAGGAGACAGUCGAAUGCUACAAACAAGUCGACUGGUGCUGUUGCGGAUGAGGAUGAGGCCAGUGACGUGUCGAGUCCGCCGGGCAGCCUUCACGAUUCUGCAGAUGAUGAGAGCGAGCUGAGCGAUGUGCCUGCGGAUUAUGAGGACGAUGCACCGCCAGCACUGCUGUUUCCUAACCUGCGCAGGAGUGUUGAUGCCGGGACGCCGGGCAGUGGUGAGGAGGAUGAGACUGAGACUGAGCACGACACGGGAAAUAGGUCCGGCGAGGAAGAAGAGCAGGAAGAAGAGGCUGAGGAUGGAAGUGAAGAGGGGGAUGAGGACGCUGCAGUUGAAGACCAUGAGGAAAAUGAGGAAACCGAUAAGGGGGUAGACGUCGAGGAGCAUGCGGAUGACGAAGAGGGCGAAGAAGACAUUGAAGAGACUGAGGAACAAGGUAAUGACGGAGACAGCAAGGUUCAGGAUGAUGCCAUGGAGGUCGAAGGUGAGGAAGCUGAGGACAGCGAAGCUACUGAGGAAGGAGACGACUCCAUCAUCUUCACCCAACAAAACCAUAUAGUAACGUCACAGUCAGAACAAAAUGGCGUCCCACAAGCGCAUCGCAAAAGUCCGUACAUCCCCAUGCUCUCGCCUGCUCCCCAGCCCAUUCUGACCUUCUCCCAGGAACUUUCCGAAUGCACCACGAACCCUCCAACGGGCAUGACCAUCGAGCUGCCGAACGAGGCAGACCUGCACCGAUGGCACGUCACUCUCGAAGGCCCCGAAAACACAGUCUACGCCGGCGGCAAGUUCGGUAUCGUGGUCACCCUGCCCCCCGAAUACCCCUUUAAGGCGCCCAACAUCACCUUUGCGACACGCAUCUACCACCCGAACGUGACCAACGACAGCCUGGGGCACAUCUGCCUGGGCCUGCUAAAGUCAGAAAACUGGAAACCGUCGACACGGUUGGCUAGCGUGUUGGAGGCUGUGAGGGGAUUGCUAGUCGAGCCGCAGCCGGAGGAUCCCCUGGAGGCUAGGAUUGCAGAUGAGUACAGGAGGGAUCGAAAGGAGUUUGAGAAGAAUGCUAGGACAUAUGUCCAGAGAUAUGCGAAGGGACCGGUAAAAUGGGAGGAUAGCGUCACUUCAACGACUACGGCUAGCUCGGGAAGCUCUUAA